CGAGUGGGACUGACCUCCUCUGAACCACCUGCAACCUCCUGCCGUCAACAUGGAGGUCUCACAGCUGUCAGGCAGAAUUAUUGGUGGGACGGCGGGGAGGAGCAAAGAGCCCGACCCGGCAGCAGUGAAGGACAGAGGGAAGACACCUGCUGACUUCAGCCGCGUCUACAGCAAAGAUCUGCUCCCAGCUCCCGGGGGAGAGGAGUUGACCAGAGAGUUUCUGCAAGAGCUGGUGGACAUUCUGUUGGGUUACAUCAGCAAGUCAAGCCGGCGGAGCUCCAAGGUGUUGGACUUCCACCAUCCUCACCAGCUAAAGGAGGGGCUGGAGUGCUUCUCUCUGGAGCUGCCGGACCAACCAGAGACUCUCGAGCAGAUACUAGUGGACUGUAGAGACACACUGAAGUAUGGAGUCCGUACAGGCCAUCCCCGUUUCUUUAACCAGCUGUCCUCAGGUCUGGAUGUGGUUGGAGUUGCAGGCGAGUGGUUAACCUCUACAGCCAACACUAAUAUGUUUACAUAUGAAGUGUCCCCUGUUUUUGUCCUCAUGGAGGAGUUUCUGCUGAGGAAGAUGCAAAGCAUUCUGGGAUGGUCUGAUGAUGAGGGAGACGGAAUCUUCUGUCCAGGUGGCACAAUAUCCAACCUGUACAGCAUCCUGGUGGCCAGAUAUCACUUCUACCCAGAGGUGAAGACCAGGGGGAUGGGAGUCCUGCCUCAGCUGGCCCUCUUCACUUCAGAACAAAGCCACUACUCGGUAAAGAAAUCUGCCGCGGUGCUGGGGAUGGGCAGCGACAAUGUGUUCAUGGUGAAAUGUGAUGAAAGUGGGAAAAUGAUUCCAGCUGAACUCGAGUCUUCCAUCGUCACCGCUAAAGAAAAGGGUUCGGUUCCGUUCUACGUGAACGCGACGGCGGGCACCACGGUGUACGGAGCCUUCGAUCCUCUCAAUGCCAUCGCUGACAUCUGCCAAAGACACACACUGUGGAUGCACGUGGAUGCAGCGUGGGGGGGAGGGCUGCUGCUGUCAGACCGGCACAAGAUGAAGCUACGAGGCAUCGAACGAUCCUGCUCCGUCACAUGGAAUCCUCACAAGAUGAUGGGCGUCCCUCUGCAGUGCUCUGCCAUACUGGUGAAGAAGAGAGGCCUCCUGCGGGAAUGUAAUGACUUCGGGGCCGAGUACCUUUUCCAGACGGACAAAAACUACGACGUGAGCUACGACACCGGAGAUAAGAGCAUCCAGUGUGGCCGGCACGUCGAUGUCUUUAAACUCUGGCUCAUGUGGAAGGCAAAGGGCUCAGAGGGCUUCGGAUCUCAGGUGAACAAAUGCUUGGAGAACGCCGAGUACCUUUACGAUCAACUGCAGAGGAGGACGGACUUCGAGCUGGUCUUGAAAAAUAAACCGGAGCACAGCAACGUGUGUUUCUGGUACAUCCCUCCAAGCCUGAGAGGCCGGCCCCCCGGACCCGACCGAGACGCACGGCUCCAUCAGGUGGCUCCUCGGAUCAAAGGCAGGAUGAUGGAGAAGGGCUCCGUCAUGAUUGGCUAUCAGCCUUUGGGAGACAAAGUCAAUUUCUUCAGAUGCGUGUUCUCAAAUCCCGCAACACAGCAAGAGGACAUUGACUUCCUGUUGGACGAGAUAACCCGGCUGGGCGAGGACAUAGGACAUUAAGAUGAUUCCUUGGUCGUCAUUUUGAAGUAAAUGUGUGACGACUGUUGGACUGUCCCAUUCGUCUCCACUGUAUCCAGCCUGCAGGGUGCACAGACUUCUGACCAUGACUUCAAUCCAUGCUCUAGCCUCUGCGUAACAUUCCUACUUUGGAUCACUUUGCAGCUUUGUUGUCCUACAAGAUAUAAAGUAUAGAGCUUAUCCCUCAUCCCGUAGACUAAUUUGUCUGCAUCGCUUUGAGACAAGAUGUGCCUGGUGUUUUAAAAUGUUACAGAGGUGAACAAAUGCAGUCCUUGAGGUUUGUUUUACGUGGGACUUAAAGGACAAGCCAGGGCAAUGCCGUCUACAGACACCACAUCACCAGAUCAUUGAUCUCUGAGGUGCUCAGAGUAACAUAACUUCAGUUUUGUCUGAGUUUAACAUCAAGAAGUUGCAGGUCAUCCAUGUUUUUAUGUCUUUAAGACAUGCUUGAAGUCUAGUGAGCUGGUUGGACUCCUCUGGUUUGAUCCAUAGAUAUAGUUGAGUAUCAUCUGCAUAAUAAUGAAAGUUUAUGGAGUGUUUCCUGAUAAUAUUGCCCAAAGGAAGCAUGUAUAAGGUAAAUAAAGUGGUCCAAUCACAGAA